GGCUGGUUCCUAAGACAACCCAUGAAACAUGCAUUUGCAUUAUUACCACGGCUUGUUUCACCACCGCAUCCACACAGAGCAGCAGUCUGCAGGAACCUGAAGACACCGUCUGCACGCUGCAGGAACCGCUGUGAGAGGAAAAGUGUUCAAAGAGGGGAUUUCUGCAGAGACAAGGCCGGAAACAUGAGCUACAGGACUUCAGCUUAGAACUGAGCUGCUGCCUUUUCAUCGAUUCAAUCUAGCUUCAAGCACAGGACGUCUGGGUUUGUUCCACCGCCCACAAGAUGCACAUGAAUAGCUUGUUAAGUCAAUGGACAGACAUCUCCAGGAUGUGUGACGUGGACGUGUCCUCAGAGCCCAGCAGUCCCACCCUGUUUGGUGAAUCCUCAGACAAAUACUACCAUGUGGACCGCUGGCAGAAGCUCCGCACUGCCGUCCGAAAACUGGAGUUCUGGGAGAACUUUACAGCUGAGCUCAUCGGGAGUGGCUUCUUCUCUAAAGUCUAUAAGGUGAUGCACAGCACCAGUCGCAAGGUGAUGGUGGUGAAGAUCUACAAGAACGACGUGGACCAAGACAGCAUCGUACGAGAGAUCAGCCUCCUGCAGAAACUCUCCCACCCAAACAUCGUCAGGUAUCUGGGAAUCUGUGUCAGAGAAGACAAACUCUAUCCAAUCUUAGAGUACGUGAACGGAGGCUGUCUGGAGGAGCUUCUGCUCAGGAAAGACGUUCCCCUGUGCUGGAGAGAGAAAGUAGACCUGGCCUGUGAUAUAAGCAGAGGGAUGAUCUACCUGCACUACAAGAACAUUUACCACAGAGACCUGAACUCAAAGAAUUGUCUAAUCCGGGUGACGUCUCGGGGUCGGGAGGCCCUGGUGACUGACUUCGGCCUAGCCAGGGAGGUGGUGGAGCUGCCAGUCAAAGACCCCGCCAGGAAGCUGUCACUCGUGGGUUCAGCUUUUUGGAUGGCCCCCGAGAUGCUCAGAGGAGAGCCGUAUGACCGCAAGGUGGAUGUUUUCUCCUUCGGCAUCGUGCUCUGUGAAAUCCUGGCCAGGAUCCCUGCAGAUCCAGAGAUUCUUCCCCGGACUCAGGACUACGGGCUUGAUGUGGACGCAUUCAGGGAGAUGGUGACGGGCUGUCCUCAGCGUCUGCUGGAGUUAGCAGCUAGCUGCUGUAUGCUGGAGUCCUUCAGACGACCAGCAUUCACAGAGCUGCUCGACGAGAUGGGAGAGGUCGCAGAGAGUCUGGAGCUGCCGCCAAAACCUGACACGAACACGUGCUGAGGUGUCAGUCCUGGGUCGUCACCGCUCUGGAAGCAGAGUUUCAGGGUUGUUUCGUGCUGUUUGCACAAGAAACGGUGGACUGAUCAUGAGCAGAAGGAAAACCCAGAAUACGUCUGAUUAUUUCUCCUCUGCUGCGUACACACACACUGGCUGAACUUUGCAGAUAUACUCAAGGUGUGUUUGGAGGGCAGUGGAAACACACCUGAUUUCACACUGUGCUGUGAUACAAGUAUAAGGUCUGUUUUUCACUGAAUGUCUUACCUGACUAAAAGGUUUUUAUUUCCUCCCUUUCUUGGUUCUCUGUGACUUGUUGGUUUGUUUGUAACGACACAGAUGCUCGAGUCUGUUGAUGUAUUUUAUGCCUCUUCUCUGUGCUCGCCGCCUGUCCCUUUUUGACUCUUCAGGCCUUGAAUCUGAAUCAGCAGGACUCCACUCCAGGAUGAUCUGCUCUCCUCUGGGACUUCAAGAACUGGAUCACGGGACAUGUUUUUAUGAAAUGAGACAGAUAAAUGUUUCUUAAAGCAGGGCGGUCAGGGAUUCAUGCAACCAAUGCAUGAUGAAUCAGGAACUGAGGACAUUCAAAGACGUCAGACGCAGGGAAACACGCCAAGAGAAAACAUGCUUUGCACAUUUGCAUAUUCAUAAUUAGGGCCCGAGCACUGACAAGGUCCCCUCAACAUGGUUCAACUUACAUGCAUGACAUUUUUUUCACAUACCUAUCAGGCCAAGACCUAUAAAAGAAUACCUAAUUUCAUGGUGAAAUCCCAACAGAAAGUCGGCCAUCUUUUUUUUUUUCAGUUUUUCACCUGAUUCGCAAGGGUACUGUCACAGAUAUUUAAGGGGUAUUUAAGAAAUGUUGCCCUAGAUCUUUUCUCCAAUCCACUUACAUUCUGUAGUAAACACAUUGACGAUUCAAAGUUAUCAGAAACAUUUUGCGAAAUCAAAAAAUUGUGGGUGUUCAGACAUUCAGGCGAUGCAUCAAACGCACACAUCUCGCCAUAAACAGGAAUUUGAUUUUUGGGGGCUGUAAAAUGCACAAAAUCUCACCAAAUUGGCCACACCCAUCGGACUCACAUCCCAUUUAUAUAUUUUGGGGCUCUCGUCCAAAAAAUUCAAAAAUCUGCUCCAUAGCGCUCCCUAAAGGGUUAAAAGAUAGGGUAAAAUGACCCUCUCCAUAGAGGUUUUUUGAGCUAUGUGCACAAUUUGGGACAUGCAUAUUCAGGGCAUCGGGACGAACAAAAAAGCCUCUUGCAGCCAUAUCCUAAAACCAACAAGAAGAGCGCCACCUAGCUUUGAAUGUGAAAAAUGGCACCCAAAUAAGGGUGCAUACUUUUACGGGCCCACUCAGGCGGUGGUUGCAGGUGUAUAUCCAGUGUCACUUUGAGUUGUUUCAAAACAGAAUUCAUCCGACGCAUCCGUUUUUCAUUAACAGCCAACAGAUCAUCAAGACUUUGCAUUUCUGAGUGAACUGGAUCCUUUAAAGUCUUAAUUCAUCUCUGGAUAAUUCACUCACACAGGGGUUUGCUUUCAGGGGGAUGAUGUUGCCUACAGUGUUGUGUUAUUUCCUUCUUCUGUUUAUAUUUUGUCUCACUCUUCAACCUUUCUGAAGUUAAUUUGAAGUGAGUGUGUGUAAAUAUUUGAGCUCUUUUUGGUAUUGUUAGGGUCGUUUGCUAAGUUAAACAGUAUUUACUAGUUUCUGCUUUGUUGUCUUUUGAUUUUUCAGACAGCUUCAAUAUAAAGUGAACUCAAAGAC